GGAAAGGAAAAGAACAAAAGAAAAGUAGGAGACGACCUCUGCUUUUUUAACUUUUAGAUAGAGAAAAUCAUCGGAAGAAGACGACUCCUUCACCAAUACCAUUUCUUCUUUGGCUUGCAGAGUCGAUCGUUCGUACAAUCGCCAUGAGUUUCCUCUUCGGCAGGAGGAAGUCUCCCGCAGAGCUUCUGCGUGAGAACAAGCGGAUGCUUGACAAGUCAAUCAGAGAAAUAGAAAGGGAGAGACAAGGUCUACAAGCGCAAGAGAAAAAAUUGAUUGCGGAGAUAAAGAAAAGUGCAAAGCAAGGCCAGAUGGGAGCUGUUAGAGUGAUGGCAAAGGAUCUCAUCAGAACAAGGCAUCAAGUUGAAAAAUUUUAUAAGCUUAAAUCCCAACUUCAAGGGGUCUCCCUCAGGAUACAGACUUUGAAAUCAACUCAAGCAAUGGGGGAGGCAAUGAAAGGAGUGACCACGGCAAUGGGGAGGAUGAAUAGACAGAUGAACUUGCCUGCGCUGCAGAAGAUAAUGCAAGAGUUUGAGAAGCAGAAUGAGACGAUGGAAAUGACGAGUGAAGUGAUGGGAGAUGCCAUAGAUGAUGCCUUGGAAGGAGAUGAGGAAGAAGAAGAGACUGAAGACUUGGUCAACCAGGUCCUCGAUGAAAUUGGAAUUGAUAUGAAUUCCGAGCUCCUCAAUGCUCCUUCAUCUGCUGUGGCAGCACCAGCAGCAAAGACUAAGGUUCCCCAAGCUGAGGCAUCCGGGAAUGAUGAUGGCGGAAUAGACAGCGAUCUACAGGCAAGGUUAGACAAUUUGAGGAGGAUGUAGAUAUUACUAAUCUCUAAAAUUACAAAUAAACCCCCAUGAAAGGAGAGAGACCCUUUUGAACAUGUAUUCAAAUCUCAAGUGUGACAUGUGGUGGUG